UUUAUUACUGUUUCCUAUCUCCAGUGAAGUGAAAUCGGAGAUGAAGGCGGCGACGAAGCCAAUCCACGCCGUUACAACAUGGGUUCGCCGGCAACCACCGAAAGUCAAAACCUUUCUCGGUGUUGUUUCGGCCAUGACAGCUCUCCUCUUGUUAAGAAUGAUCGUUCAUGAUCACGACAACCUUUUCGUCGCUGCUGAGGCUACACAUGCCCUUGGAAUCUCCGUUCUCAUCUACAAACUCACCAAGGAGAAGACUUGCGCUGGAUUGUCUCUCAAGACACAAGAGUUAACGGCUCUGUUUUUGGCUGUGAGAUUGUAUUGUAGUUUUGUGAUGGAGUUUGAUAUUCACACAUUGCUUGAUUCUGCUACAUUGGUGACUACCCUUUGGGUUGUCUAUAUGAUUCGUUUUAAACUCAAAGCCACUUACAUGGAAGACAAAGACAAUUUUCCUAUCUACUACAUUGUUAUACCGUGUGCUGUUCUGUCAGUUUUGUUUCACCCAUCGACACGUCAUCAUAUGAUCAAUAAAGUUUCAUGGUCAUUUUGUGUUUACCUUGAAGCUGUUGCAGUUCUUCCUCAACUUAGAGUCAUGCAAAACACUAAGAUCGUGGAGCCAUUCACAGCACAUUACGUAUUUGCAUUGGGGAUAGCUAGGUUCUUGAGUUGUGCACACUGGGUCCUUCAGGUUUUGGAAACUCGAGGGAGGUUAUUGACUGCUUUAGGAUAUGGGUUUUGGCCUAUAAUGGUCCUUCUCUCUGAAGUUAUACAAACUUUUAUUCUUGCUGACUUUUGUUACUACUAUGUCAAGAGUUUAAUGGGUGGCCAGCUAGUUCUCCGUCUCCCACCAGGUGUUGUGUAAAAUGUGUUGAGAGAAGAGAGAAGAAGAUACGGUGUGUGGCUUUAAGCUCUUGUCAUUGUAUUGGAGUUUGGCUCUAUGUUUUUUGCAGGCCACCCUUCUUACUCUUUGUUUCUUGCUUUAGACUAAUGUAACAAACAAGGGAGUGGAUUAAAGAUUUUGUCAAUUUAAUAUUUGGC